AUGGCUGACGAAGGCCCUCGCUUUUCCGAUGCUUUAUAUUCACGGAAAACGCCGAAUUCACCGUGUGAACCGCUCCAGACAAGGUCAUUUCACACUCUAUCGAGACCAUCAUACCGAACUGUUCGAUUCCCUAGGACCCAGAACCCGUGCAGAUUUUCGCAUUGGUGGAGUACGCAAAGAGACCGGGAUCUGGAAGCUCCAGUUGUCAAAGAAUUCGAGCUGGAGAAUGCAGAGUCAUUGGAAGACGAUGAGUUUGACAUGGCCAUUGAUGUAGAGGAACUACCUGAAUGGCUUAGAACUGACGAGGUCCGCGCAAAGGCCAUCAGAAAACUAGCAUUAAAACAGCUCGCAAUCAGGCUUAUCAUACGCCCGGCUGUUGCUCAUGCAUAUUUUGGCAUCUUGAAAAACUACGACCAUAACGAUUCCUUCCCCCAACUCGACUUGGCGAGUCUUUUGUUCGAGCUGAACGCCAUCCGGCGCAGGAUCAGACAAAUCAAGGCAAACCCCAAAGUCAACAUCGAUGAUUUGAUGAAGGGUUUCAAUUCGCCUCGGUGGGAAGAUCUAGUUCGUACGUCAACGAGAUUCGACAAAAAAAUCCGUCAGGAUACGGAUCAAUUCCUUAGCAAUGAAAUGCCCCUCGAGGAACUCCUUUUGAGGCUAUCAGAUGCUCUUCUUCACUGCCAUGAUCCGGACCGGACUUAUGCUUUUACAUACAUGAUCAUUGCAUUCACCAAGACCCGACAAAACGAUCUUGCCCAGUUGGUUAUCAAGACGAUACUUCCCUACAAGUUCGAAAUGAGCGCCUCCCUCAUCCUCGCGAUUCUCAACUUUUUCCGCAAAACCAAAGACCUUAAGGGCUUUGAUCUCUUUUUGAAGAUGUUAGAAGGGAAGGGGUACCCUAUCAAUAUGGGUACACUCGGCCUCUACAAAAAAAGGGUAGUCAAUGGACUCGAAAUCUCAGUUCCCCCUGUCCACAGCGCAAACAUCGUUGUAUACGCUGCUCUCAUAAAGGCUUGUCUGAGGUUCGACCAGCCAGAUAGAGCAGAUGCAUACCUCCUCGUCGCAAGAUCAGCCGGUUACAUGGACGAUUUCGCCAUACUUAUGGCCUAUCUGGAGUUCUGCACAGUCCGGAAGAACUGGGAAAGAGGCCGACAAGUACUGCAGAGAGUUUUGGCCUUUAUCACCUCAACAACCGAGCACCCACCCGCAAGGGUGGAAAGACUGAUUGUAUUGAUGAUUCAACUCUGCGAUACUUGUCAGAUGCUCGAUCUCUCUGAAGCCCUUAUUAAAGCUGCUGUUCACAGCGGGUUCAGCUCCGACCUCCCAAGUCGACAAGCAGACAUUGUCAGCGAAGCCGACCCCGAUUCACACAGGUGGUGGGUGGCCGCACAAGAUGCACCGCCAUCACAGCUUGACGCACCGCUCGUGGAAAAAUGCUACGCAUUUGCCAACAUUGCCAAGGAGCAACUCGACAUUUUCGCCCCGAAAGGAGAGGACUUUGCCCAUCGACUACAAAGGGUAAUGGGAACCUAUUCUAACCAGCUUAUGUCCACGAUUCUCGACGAGGAACUGGCUCAAAAGGCAGUUCGUAAAACGCUCCAAUCUCACCAGGAGCCUGAUAACCUCCACCAAACCAAGGCGGUUGAGCUCGACGACAAGGAAGGAAACGCAUAUUCUGCUUCGCCUUCUCGUUCUCUCGAAGACACGGUUGCUGCGCAACAAAAAGAAAUGCGAAUCCUGAGGUCAGAGGUUGCGUUUUUGAAACAAUUGGUCCUGCGUACGGCCGCAUCCAACACUUCUGCACCAUCCACUCGAAAUAAACCAAGCGAGGUGGCUGAUGAACUUGCGCCUAUACCUGCAGCUGUAUAUUAA